AUGGCUGUUGAACGAAUUGGCUCCAUCAUAAAACACCUGGCCCCUGGGUCAUCCAUUAACAACAUUCAAUCCAAGAACCCCGAUGAUAUCGUCAUCACCCUCGCUAUCCGAACGCCUCUCACCAAGGCCAAGAAGGGUGGCUUCAAGGAUACAAGCCUGGAGUAUAUACUCUACGCUCUCCUGAAGGAGGUCCGAGAGCUGUCCCAUCUGGAUCCUGCUCUGGUUGAGGAUAUCUGCCUCGGAAACGUCUCCGAUGCCAAAGCUGCCUACAAGGUCCGCGCCUCCGCCCUCGCCGCCGGCUUCCCCAACACAACCGCCGCCUCCUCCGUAAACCGCUUCUGCUCCUCCGGCCUCAAGGCCACGGCCGAUAUUGCCCACGCCAUCACCAAUGGCUCCAUCUCGAUCGGUAUCGCCAUGGGCGCUGAGCAAAUGACUGUCGGCGGCGACGCCCUCGACAAGCCUUUUGACGAGGCUGUCACAUCACAGAGCCAGGAGGCUGUUGACUGCAUGCAGCCCAUGGGAUGGACGAGCGAGAACGUCAGCAAGGACUUUGGCGUCACUCGCGCGGCCAUGGAUAAAUAUGCCGCCGAGAGCUUCCAGAAGGCUGAGGCAGCGCAGAAGGCGGGCUGGUUUGACGACGAGAUUGUGCCCAUCACAACAAAGGUCAAGGGACCCGAUGGUGAGGUUAAGGAGGUUACUCUCACCAAGGAUGAGGGUAUCCGACCAGGCACCACUGCCGAGAGUCUCGGCAAGAUUCGCUCAGCGUUCCCUCAAUGGGGCGGAUGCACUACUGGCGGCAACGCCAGUCAGAUUACAGACGGAGCUGCCGCUCUGCUACUGAUGAAGCGAUCUACUGCCGAGCAGCUUGGCCAGCCUAUCAUGGCCAAGUAUGUUGGCUCUACUGUUGCCGGUCUGGCACCUCGCAUCAUGGGCAUUGGACCCAGCAUUGCCAUUCCCAAGCUGCUAACACAACACAACAUCUCUCUUGAGGACGUUGAUGUCGUGGAGAUCAACGAAGCUUUCGCUUCAAUGGCUGUUUACUGCCAAGAUAAGCUUGGUCUCACAUCGGACAAGCUGAACCCCCGCGGAGGUGCUAUCGCGCUGGGCCACCCACUGGGCGCGACAGGUGCGCGACAGAUCGUGACAGGUCUGGCCGAGUUGAGGCGUCAGAAGAAGAAGAUUCUCCUGACGAGCAUGUGUAUUGGUACUGGACAGGGCAUGGCGGGCUUGUUCGUUAACGAGCAGGUGUAA